AUGCCCUCCAAGUCUCGAGAACAUCAUCGACCGCGAGAUCGAGGCUCAGACGAUCAAAGCAGCGAAGCAACCGAAGGAACUGCCAAACCAUCACACCCGUCGCGGACUCGAGAAAAAGACAAAGACCGUCACAGUCGGGCCGCCCAUACUUCCUCCCAUAGUUCGAGCAAAAGGACUAGGCCUAGAUCUGAUAAGGAUAGGUUGAAGGACGAAGUUGGCCGCUCACCAAAUUCACCUACGUCUAGCUUAAAGAUUAAGAAACACCCAUCAACCACCCUCAUGUCCGAAACAAACGAGUUAAAAGUGUCCACUCCCUACCCAAGCUUCUCAAAGGCACACAGCAAGGAGGCUGUGGGAAGUCGGGAUAAUUUGGGCAUACGGAUUAACAUAUUGACACCCGAACCAACAGACCUAACAUCUGCGGAAGCUAAAAAGGACGAACAAAAGCCUAGCUUGACGACCGAAGACAAGACCCAGAGCAAAAGACACAGUCAAAGCACUCGACCUCCUAGCCCUCCUCUCACAAAUGAUGACACAGAGCUACCCCGGUGGAAAAGCACACCCUCUAAUGAUGGCCGCCGGUCAGAGGAGAAGGAAACCCCGAACAAGUCUUCAGGAGAGGCAAAGAAGCAUAGAUCUUCAAGGAGCCAUUCUACUAGGUCUUCCGCGGGCAUCUAUAAGAAGCUAAGUGACCAGACGUUGAAAACCAGUACGAGGACCCGAUCUAGCACCCCAACCAAAUUGAAAAUUUUUGAGGCUCUUCAGUUUUCUCACAGAUCCUCUCCCACUUCAGCACACCGAAAGUCCAAGUCGUCCUUGAAUCGAAAGUCAGCAUCACCCGCCGAAGCUGAAUCCGAUAACGAAAUAAUAGAUGAAACAGUAGACUCAGAUGCUACCUCGAUCGCGCCAGUACAAGUGAAGACGACGGAACAGCUUCCCAAGCUUCGAAACCGCCCUCGCGCAUCAAGGCCUCCAUCACACGCUUCUCCCUCUCCACGCCCUGAUGUACUGACGCAAGAAACGUUAAGAGACCCGUCCGCUGCCUCUCCGCCUCCGCCUCCACCUCCCCCAGAAAUACCGCUUUCAAGACCUAGGGUCGACUACCUGCUCCAAAAUGGCGGACUGCCCUAUCAUGUACCACGAAACUUCCUUGGAGCAGGAGAAUCAGCUAAUAUGCCACAACAUCUUUUCGAACCUGCCAACACAGGAAUGAAGCUAUUCGAACCAUUUUCCAAGCUGUUGAGUGAUUAUAGCCGAGUCAUAGAAAAGAACGGGUCGCUGGCGGUAGCGACGGGGUAUAGGUCCGUUGCCAGAAGACUAUUAGACCGCCUGGAGUCUGUCUUCGCUCGAGAUAUUUCGUCGGAGUCUUGCGAGUGCCCGAUGUGUUGUGGUAGGGAAGAAAAUGAAGUACAACCAGGGGUUAGCUGGGGCGAGGUCCUGGAAUUAGUUUCGGGCCGAGGCGAAUUGCCGACGUGGCCACCCUUCCGGAUGCAACCAGAGCUUGAUCCGGCGACCAUUGAAAACACACAAGAGCACAUACCAAUGCAGAAGCUUGAUAUCGACGUACCUGAGGAAUAUCGAGACCAUUAUAUCAGACAAUCAAGGAAAACAAAACAGGCUGUGGACAAAUGGCUAUCUCGGCAGCCCGACCAGCCCGCUGAGCCUCCAGGAGAGGUUGAUGAUGAGACACUGACGUUUGCUAUUUUAACUUACCUGGAUCCCGAACAAAGAGCCCCCUUUGCAAGCCUACUUGAGUUCCCCCUGGGCCCAGCAGUGCCCAAGAAGGAGACGCCAAAGCCUCCGGACAGGCCACCCUGCCUGGUACUAGGAGCUAUAGCAAUCUACCGUCUCUAUAGGCUGCAGAGCUUACCUCGCGACCCUGAGACGGCCUUGUACAUGGUGAAGCACCCCGACAUGCACAAUGUUCUGGCAACGUUAGCCGCCAUCAGUGACGACGAGUGGGACAUCCUCAUCUCAGGCCGUUUUGACGGGUUCCUGAGGAGUGGAGCGGAGGACAACUCUGUGCCAACUUCGGCAACAGAGCCUCCAUUCGACCCCCACUCCAGCUUUCAAAGGAACGGCAACCAAACUAUGCGUUCAGCCAGCCAGCCGCGUGCCGGAGCUUCCAUCUCUACUGCAGCAGCUGGAACGUAUGGCGCCCCUAUUUCUAUCGACGAAGAAACAGAAAUUGCCGCGUUAGCGGAAGUCGAAAGGGACAUCUUCCUUGGCAUGGAGGCGCUUGAAGACGCCUUUGAGAUUCUGCAUGGAAAGGCGGAAAUGGUCCGUCGAGCGCUGCGUGAGCGCGGUGCCGGCCUUACGGCCGCUAGUCAAGCUCGCAGAGGCUGCAGAUCGAAUAUUCAGAUACUUGCAGGCACCCCUGUGCCAAUGGGGACGCCAGCUGAAUUCGAGAGCGGCACGGACGAAGAUGUUGAUGAUGGAGCUUCAAUUGCACCCUCGGAAUCGGCGAGCAAUAUCAGUUCCAACCGGAGACGAAGGCCCAAGCGCCGAACGGAACGAAGGACACCUGCGCCUGUCGAGGAAGAGCCUGAUGAAUACAAUGAAUAUGUCGUUCCAAUACGCCCAGGGAAAUGA